AUGGCAGCCAACUACUGGGAAUCGACUCAACGGCGUCAUUGGCAAUUCACCCGAGAGAAACUGGAAGUUCUGCGGAAGAAAUUGGAAGAUGAAGAUCAGAACCUUGUGCAGAUGUACCCUCUUCCAGCCCUACGACAUCUCAGCAUAUAUUUCAACCAGCAAGUUGCACGACUUGGAAAACGCCUUGGCGUACGGCAGCAAGCCAUGGCAACAGCACAGCUAUAUAUCCGUCGUUUCUAUUCAAAGGUCGAAAUCAGACGGACAAAUCCAUACCUAGUUAUAGCAACUGCCGUAUACUUGGCAUGCAAGAUGGAAGAAUGUCCGCACCAUAUUAGACUUGUUGUCAGUGAAGGUCGAACCUUGUGGCCAGGCAUGUUCAACUUCGCGAACUUCUUCAGUAGUGAUACGUCAAAACUCGGGGAGUGCGAAUUCUUUCUCAUAUCCGAAAUGAGCUCCCAGAUGAUCGUUCACCACCCUUAUAGGAGUUUGACCGCCUUACAAACGACAUUCUCCCUCACUCAAGAAGAGUAUGCUCUCGCCUGGUCGAUCAUAAAUGAUCACUACAUGACCGACUUGCCUCUCCUUUACGCACCUCAUGCAAUUGCCAUAAUGUCAAUUCUUCUUGCUCUGGUACUCCGCCCCAAUACCACUGGUAUUCAAUCGGCGGCCAGUUCUGCUGGUACUAUCGCGAGUGCGGCACAUGCAGCUCUGAGCUCAGCUGGUCAGACGAAGAACGGAGGUGAGAAACCAGGCGGGGUGGCGCGAACAAAGGUGCAGAAGCUUGCCAACUGGCUUGCGGAAAGCAAUAUUGAUAUAGAAGCCAUCGUCGACUGUACCCAGGAGAUCAUUUCCUUUUAUGAGGUACAAGAACAAUACAACGAGAAGCUCACAAGGGAGCAAAUCAACAGAUUUGUCAAAGCACGCGGGCUGGACAAGUGA